GCAGGGGCGGGAACCCGGCCACUCGGAGCGGAAGUGCAGCUGAACCAGUUUCCGGGGCCGCUGGUGUGACGUGUCCCGCGCUUGGCGCAGCAGGAAGCGGCGGCGAUCGCGGCCUGAGUUCCCAGCGCCGGCCCGACUCGUCUCCCGCUGCCGCCAUGCUCGACUUCUUCACCAUUUUCUCCAAAGGCGGACUUGUGCUCUGGUGUUUCCAGGGCGUGAGCGACUCUUGCACCGGACCCGUUAAUGCGUUGAUUCGUUCCGUGCUGCUGCAGGAACGGGGAGGUAACAACUCCUUCACCCAUGAGGCCCUCACACUUAAGUAUAAACUGGACAACCAGUUUGAGCUGGUGUUUGUGGUUGGUUUUCAGAAGAUCCUAACACUGACCUACGUAGACAAGUUGAUAGAUGAUGUGCACCGGUUGUUCCGAGACAAAUACCGCACAGAGAUCCAACAACAAAGUGCUUUAAGUCUAUUGAAUGGCACUUUUGAUUUCCAAAAUGAUUUCCUACGGCUCCUUCGUGAAGCAGAAGAGAGCAGUAAGAUCCGUGCUCCUGCUAUCAUGAAGAAAUUCGAAGAUUCUGAAAAGGCCAAGAAACCUGCGAGAUCCAUGAUUGAAACAAGAGGGGAAAAGCCCAAGGAAAAAUCAAAGAACAGCAAAAAAAAGGGGGCCAGGAAGGAAGGUUCUGAUGGCCCUUUAGCUGCCAGCAAAGCAGCCCCUGCAGAAAAGUCAGGUCUCCCAGUGGGGCCUGAGGAUGGAGAACUUUCCAAAGAGGAGCUGAUACGCAGGAAGAGAGAAGAGUUCAUUCAGAAGCAUGGGAGGGGUCUGGACAAAUCCAGCAAGCCCAUGAAGUCAGAUGCUCCAAAGGAGAAGGGCAAAAAAGCGCCGCGGGUAUGGGAACUAGGUGGCUGUGCUAACAAGGAAGUCUUGGAUUAUAGUACUCCCACCACCAAUGGAACCCCAGAGGCUGCCCUUUCUGAAGACAUCAACUUGAUUCGAGGAACUGGGCCUGGGGGACAGCUUCAGGAUCUGGAUUGCAGCAGCUCAGAUGAUGAAGGGGCUGCUCAGACCUCUACCAAACCUAGUGCUACCAAGGGAACUCUGGGUGGCAUGUUUGGGAUGCUGAAGGGCCUUGUGGGUUCCAAGAGCUUAAGUCGUGAAGACAUGGAAUCUGUGCUGGACAAGAUGCGUGAUCAUCUCAUUGCUAAGAACGUAGCUGCAGACAUUGCUGUCCAGCUCUGUGAAUCUGUUGCCAGCAAGUUGGAAGGGAAAGUGAUGGGGACAUUCAGCACGGUGACCUCCACGGUCAAGCAAGCUCUACAGGAGUCCCUGGUGCAGAUUCUGCAGCCACAGCGUCGUGUAGACAUGCUCCGGGAUAUCAUGGAUGCCCAGCGUCACCGGCGCCCUUAUGUCGUCACCUUCUGUGGUGUUAAUGGAGUGGGGAAGUCUACUAAUCUUGCCAAGAUUUCCUUCUGGCUGUUAGAGAAUGGCUUCAGUGUCCUCAUUGCUGCCUGUGAUACAUUUCGUGCCGGGGCUGUGGAACAACUACGCACUCAUACACGGCGUCUGACUGCCCUGCACCCCCCAGAGAAGCAUGGUGGUCGCACCAUGGUGCAGUUGUUUGAAAAGGGCUACGGCAAGGAUGCUGCUGGAAUUGCCAUGGAAGCCAUUGCCUUCGCACGCAACCAAGGAUUUGACGUCGUGCUGGUGGACACAGCUGGCCGCAUGCAAGACAAUGCCCCCCUGAUGACUGCCCUGGCCAAACUCAUUACAGUCAACACACCUGACUUGGUGCUGUUUGUGGGGGAGGCCUUAGUUGGCAAUGAAGCUGUGGACCAGCUGGUCAAGUUCAACAGAGCCUUGGCUGACCAUUCUAUGGCCCAGACACCUCGGCUCAUCGAUGGCAUUGUCCUUACCAAAUUUGACACUAUUGAUGACAAGGUGGGAGCUGCCAUUUCUAUGACGUACAUCACAAGCAAACCCAUUGUCUUUGUGGGCACUGGCCAAACCUACUGUGAUCUACGCAGUCUUAACGCCAAGGCUGUGGUGGCUGCCCUCAUGAAGGCUUAAUGUGGCUCUUGCCUAAUACCAAAUCGCCGCUUCCCCCAAGUCCCUAUUUCUGUUGUCAAGAAUGUGCUUUAGAGUAUGUGAGCAACUUGUCUUCAGUUUCAGUGUAGUUCAAAGGCAGAGUAAGGAGAGCUCCAGGGGCUUAAAGCUCCCUCUAACCCCACUCCCCUGUUCAACCCAGCCCCCACCUGCAAGGAGGGCCUAAUCAUGUCACAGUCACUGCCCACUCACCCCCCUUCUCCCCGUGAGCCUCCUCUUCCUACUUGGGCAUCUCCUUCACUCUGCCUGCAGACUCCGUCUCAUUACAGCUUUGACCAAUGGUUGGAAGAUCAAAUACUUAGAGCUUUGAUAAUUAGUGUGGCCACAGAGCCAUCUGAGUUAAGGAACAGUUUGAAGUCCCAGCUUCAUUAGGUUAAGAGACUCUUCCAGAGCCAGCUCUGGGUCUUGAGUGGCACCUCCCCUGGGAUACACAGCAUUCAGGUUCCUUGCGCUAGGACGACACCCACCUCACUGUGGCAGUGUGUGGCCUGUUCUUACUUGCUGCUAUUUCUAAAUCUGAUGAUGAUCCCUACCCUGUUGUUUCCCAGAGCUUCAGUUAGGUCAGAAUGAUUUGUUACAAAUGAGUGAAAGGUAAGUCCCUGCUUCCCUCAGAAACAAAGGGAGCUGAGCUACAGUGUUGCAUUGGGCUUUUCAGCCUUCUAGCUCUUCCCCACUUCCAAAAUCCAGAUGUAAGCUUUGCAUGUUCCCUUCCUUGGGAGAAAGCCAAUUGUCAGAAGGGUAGCUGUUACCCCUUUUCCCCUACCACCCUUUGCCUCCUGAGCAGGUCCUGGCUUUCCUCAAGCCCUCUCUUCUACAGUGCCUGGUAGACAAGUGCUACAUUGAAGAAUAUAAACCUCUUGUUAAGAUUUGUCCCAUAGCUUGGUAUUACAAAUGUGCUAUUAGUGCAAUAAGGUGAAGGCUGUCUGCCCAGAGAAAUACAUAAUUUAUAUAAGAAAAUAAAUUUCAUAAAUAAAUUGCCUCUUGGGUCUUG